AUGCCGGGGACGCCGCGUGUGCCUGCGGCCGCGUGCCGGUCCCCGCGGGGGAACAAAGGCAGGUCCCGACCCCGCACUGACGUGUCCCCGCUCGGCCGCGACUCCCCCGCCGCGGGAUCCCCGAAGGAAGUCCCGCUCCGGGCGCGGCCUCAUUGGGUCGGGCCGCGGGGCUCUGCCCUCCCUCCGGAGCGCAUUGGGUGCCCGCCGCGUCCGUCCGCAGCGGGCCGCGCUUCCCGCCCGCCCUCCAGCCUCCAGCGGCGGCCCCGCAUCCCCCCAGCUCCUCAGAGCCGCAUCCCCCGAGCCCCGCAUCCCCCCAGCUCCUCAGAGCCCCGCAUCCCAUCAUCCCCGCAUCCCUGA